AACAUUCAAAAGUUGACUGUGAAAUCAAAACUGGCAUAAGCUUAAUCCGUGGAAUGUGGCUGGAAGAAGAGCUGAAGAUCCAAAUUAAUAUUUUACGAUAAGUAUAAUUCGUGUUUCACAGCUUCCGUGCAUAAUAUUUCUGAAAAUAGUUUUAAAACUUGUUGUAGAUUCAUCUUGUAUAUAAUAUUGGUGCUUUCGGUUUUUCUUUGAAGAGCUUUUCGCCUCUUGUGUCCUUGGCGAACACUGAACACAACGCAGAUGAGAGUAAGAAACUAAUUAGGUUACGUAAUGAUCGCAUCCCGUGAUUCAGCCCACUUAUGUCCCAGUUCCUAUAUGGAGAGCUCCUGACGACCGGAAGAGCCAAUUCUAGCAGAUGGGUCGUCUAGGAAACGGGGUUACCACUGAACUGAUUUCAUGCGCCACCAUCAAUAACGUCUUACGACAUAAAAUGUGACUUCAGCUGGGCGCAUCGCCUGCACAAGAGGAUUGACCGUCAGUUCUUAAGCAGUGGUCGCGGAGGUACAAGCGUGCAGCCAACAUGGCAUCUCGAACGAUCCUGGUGUUCGCCUUGGCUUUAGUGUCUGUGUCUGUGAUAGGCGCUCCACCUGAGUUGCCUGAUACUUCUGGAAUCGACUACGUGCUCACUGAUAAUCUCAACGUGGACCAGUUCUUCUCCCUGUGGCUUGUCUUCAACAACGAUGACGUCAAGAUGUCAGAAGAACCUUUCACAAUCUUCGCUCCCAGGAACAGCGAAGCUCCUCUAAAGGACGCACAGAAUCUGCUGGCUCAACCAGACCUGGUGAAGAGAUUGCUGAUAGACCACAUCGUACUCGGCCUCAAGAUGAACCUCAACUUAACAGGGGACUUCACCAUCACGACACUGGGAGGUCGAACUGUCAAUGUGCGUAGGGUGAACGGAACCUUGUAUGCCAACGGGGCCAAAAUACUUGAGCCGAGAGUAGAGGUUCCUCAUGGAAUAUUGGUGGUAGUGGACAACUAUUUAUUCCCUGAGGAACUCAUAUUAGGUAACCAAUCAGCAGCAGCAGAGGAGUCUCUGGUCACAGGCACAGCUCCUGAUAAUCCUAGAAACAUCACAUUCCUAGAAAACGUGAACCAGGUGCUGUCAUAUCUUAAGAGCGGCGUUAGGGUUUUCCAGCAGUUGCUCGGUAACUCCAACAUCUCUGGACCUCUCAAGGAUGGUGAGGAAUAUACAGUAUUUGUACCUACAGAUCGCGCGUUCCAACGCUGGCAUCCAAUUGACUGGGGAUUCUAUCCCUUCUCUGUACCAGAAUUUACAGAGGACAUAAUCUUGAAUCAUUUUGUGCGAGGAAACUGGAGGCAGGAUACCAUAAGUGACGGUCAGAAAGUUACGACCUUAGGAGGACGUGAUAUAACAUUCGGAAGACGAGAUCAAUUCUCGACAAGAAAAGAUGGUCGUCGUAACUCAGUCAUCUUCACAGUUAAUGGAGUGCAGAUUGUUAACGGGGACACGCCUGUAGAAAAUGGAAACAUAAUGUUCAUCAGCGAGGUUCUGUUUGUAAACGAGGAAGUUGUGACCAAGCUACAUCAACAGAAUCGUGACAAAGAAACGCCUCCGCUUCUGGCCUACACGUGGAUGAAUUCCCCAUUUAUAUCACACGCUUACCUGGCUCUACAAAAGGACCCCAGAUUCACUUACGUUACUCAACACAUCAACUUGGCAGAUGUUGCUCCUGUUAUAACAGGACAUGGCUACACUUUCUUUGUGCCAACAGACAAUGCAUUCAAAGAAGUGGGUCUUGGUGGGAAACCAGAAUUCUAUUUGUCAAGAGGAGAGGGACUCAAACUGCUUCUUAAUCAUUUUGUGCCCACCAGAUUAUACAACCGAGACUUGAUAAAUGGGCAGCAAUAUAAGACGUUAGGUGGUAAGACAAUUCAUGUCAAACGUGACGGAGAAAAUGUAACAAUUGGCGAUGCCAAGGUAAUAGAAAGUGAAGUUUUUGUUUAUAAUCUUGGGACAAUGUACUACAUCGAUAGAGUACUCUUCAUAACCGGUGAUGAUAUUCCGGUAACAACUGAGGUGGCCGUGUCAGAGAGCUCGACUACUUGGACGAGCGAGCUGCCUCAUGAUGUGGAAGCCUUGCCAAGUGAGUUGACAGAAGAGAGCGGUACACUCCCUGAUGCACUGUUUGAACCAGAUGAUGACUCACCAACUGAAGAACUUGACACUGUACUGAGCACUACAUCAAACAGAGCUGAAGGAAGGACUGAAGAAAACACUGACGGCACGUUUUUUCCACUUGAAUUUACGACAAUUUAUGCAGAACAUGCGCUCAGAGAAGGUUCAACCACUGAAAUUCCAGAAAAUCAAAACUCUAGUACCGGAAUUUUAAAUUCAUCUGUUUCACUGAAAUGAAACUGUGUGCUCUUAUUCUGAAUGCGUAUAAAAAAAGUACAAAUUUUGUCUCAGCUGAAACAUACAAGUUUUAAAACAACAUGUAGAGCUGCGGAAAUUGAAGAUAAUUAUACUGUGACAGGAGAUGAAUACGGCAAACUAUAUUCAGACCUGAAUCAAGUUAUGCAUAUAAAAUUAGGAUCCUUAAUGACUGAGACAGAACUUUUAAAUUAUUACGUGACUUGUCUGAAUAGAUACGGAGAUUAAAAAAAAAAUAUAUAGCAAGGCCAGAAAAAUCAGGUAUAUUUUCUCUUGCAUUGUUUUAAAGAUGUGUAUUAAAACCCACAAUUCAAUAUGCUGAAUAGAACAUACCAAUAAUAGUAGCAUGACAAGGGAAUUUUAUGCCCUUAACCACAAAAACCCAAACAGCUAGCCAUAAUUAGGUCCCUUUUUACUUUUACUUUCUACAGAAAAAUUUUGAAUUUGGGUACACACAUUACUUAUACAGAUAUCAUGUGUUAAAUUUGUUUAAAGUAAGUAAACUUUACAAAUUUUACAGUAAACAAAAUUCAGUAAACUCCAAAUUCGACAUUACUACAUUUUCUGAAGGCAUAGAAUAUUUGUAUGACGUGACACAGCACAUUUGCUCAAUGAAGUUUAAUAAAAGGUUAUUUUCAAAUUUCCAAAUGUUUUUUAUGGUUUAAAUAAAUACAAAAGGCUUUGUUAAUUUGGAGACUGGGAUAUUUGUAUUUUGGAAUGUAUAAAUUUAAUCUAAAGUUGUUUACAUGUGUAAACAAUAUUUGACAACCGGAUUACAAGCUGCUAUUUAACUAUUUAAGAAUAAGUGAAAGAACGUGAGUGAUAUCAAAGCAUUGUACAGCACAGAAGAUUGGACUUUCUUGCAGAUCAUGUUGAAGUAAGGGAUGCAAAUCCCUGUAAUAAGGUUCUACCAGUCAGACUUUAAUUUGGGUUGAUGGUCUUGAAGUAUGUUGGUAUAAUUCACAGUAGAUAAAUAUUGAAGAUUUCUGU